AUGCCAGCAGUGCCGUAUGAGGAGUUCGCUUUGGAUCAACAGGAGCCUACGACUAGACGUUCUCGGUUCUGUGGUCUUCGCGAUUUUAUUGAUCUGACUGAUGAGUAUCUCUCCGCCUCGCGCCUCGGGUGGAUGUUCCAUCUGUCUGGGAGUGGGCAUCCCAACGAAAUCCAGGGAGCUACUCUCUUGCGUGAGAUUCGCGCUGGAUUGACAACUUUCGCUACCAUGGCAUACAUUAUUGCCGUCAAUGCCUCCUUGAUAUCGCAGACUGGGGGUGUCUGCGAAUGUGACUUGGCUGACAAGAUGCAAUGCGACACCUUGGCCGACUUUCGAGCUUGCAAAGAAGACGUCCGCAGAGACUUAGUAACCGCCACUGCUGCCAUUGGUGGCAUGGCCUCUUUCACCUUUGGCCUGUUGACCAACCUCCCCGUCGCCAUUGCCCCUGGAAUGGGCCUCAAUGCCUACUUUGCGUUUCAAGUUGUUGGAAUCAACGGUACCGGUCCCAUCCCCUACCGCACCGCCUUAACCGCCAUCUUUGCAGAAGGCUUCAUUUUCAUUUUCCUCGCGUUGACCGGUAUGCGCCAGUGGCUAGUGAAGCUCAUACCCGCAACUAUCAAGACAGCUACAGGUGUAGGCAUCGGCUUCCUUCUCACUGAGAUCGGAUUGUCGUACUCUGCAGGCAUCGGUGCCAUUACUGGCGGCGGAGGCACAGCUCCUCUAACUCUCGGUGGAUGCCCUCAGGAAAAGAUCAACCCGGCCACAGGAAUGUGUGAAAGUGGCCAAAUGUCCAAUCCGAAGCUAUGGCUCGCAGUCUUUUGCGGUGGCCUGUUAACCGCCUACCUAAUGGCAUAUCGAGUCAAGUACUCUCUUGUGAUUGGAAUUGCCCUCGUCUCCAUCAUUUCAUGGCCCCGUCAUACAUCGGUGACAUACUUCCCAGAUACCCCCGAAGGCGAUUCCCGCUACGAGUUCUUCAAGCAAGGUGUAGCAUGGCACCCUCUCAAAAAGACAUUGAACCAGCUGGACUGGUCCGUCGGUGAGAGCGGCUCACACUUUGCCCUUGCUCUCUUCACUUUUCUCUAUGUCGACAUUAUUGACGCGACGGCUACACUGUACUCUAUGGUGCGCUUCUGUGGCGUAGUUGAUCCCAAGGACGGUGAUUUUCCCAGAUCAACCAUUGCAUAUUGCAUUGAUGCUGCCUUCAUCUCCAUCAGUGCCCUCUUUGGAAGUUCGCCUGUUACCGCGUUUAUCGAAAGCGGUGCAGGUAUCGCCGAGGGUGGUCGCACUGGGCUGACGUCUAUGGUGACGGGCCUAUGCUUUAUCGUGUCGCUCUUCUUUGCUCCCAUCUUCGCCUCAAUUCCCCCAUGGGCAACUGGAUGUACACUUGUUCUUGUCGGAUGCAUGAUGAUUCGCCAGAUUACUCAGAUCAAUUGGCGCUACAUUGGCGACGUUCUCCCAUCUUUCGUCGUAAUGACGUUUAUCCCUUUUAGCUACAGUGUAGCAUACGGCCUCAUUGCUGGCAUCUUUGUCUACACUGUCCUUAAUGGUCUCAUCGGACUGACAGUCUUGGUGUCAGGCAGCCGUCUUGAACCCAGAGAAUACGAUAUGAAGGAAUACUGGACCUGGAAGAACAUCGGCCAGCCUCCUUGGUAUGUCCGUGCAAUUCGCAGACAUCGCCAGCGCAGCGGCUCCUCACCUACCGACCGACGAAACACGUUUAAGCCUCAUGAGCACGGACAUGCUUCGUUUGUCGAGUCCCAGCACGGCAACUCUGCCAAGGACGACUCACCCGUCAUCUCUGACCUACCAAUCCUCUCGCGUCCUAUGCCCGAAGCUCGCCUUCGCUAA